GAGGGGCUAGGAAGGAAAUUAUUACAUAUUACUAUUACAUUAUAUACAAGAAAAAAUAUCAAAUCAGUAAGGACAGGGGAGACACACUGGUGAAAAGGUGAGAGAUCAGUUGACCAUCUAUCCAGGAGCACAGAAAACUGACCACAGGGUUACAAGCACCAUGGUUACGCUGGACUUCAGGACACUGACGGUGCCUGUGGGCAUCGUGCGGAUACUGGAGGUGAUCUUCACCUGUAUCUCCUUCAGCUUGGUGGCGUCGGUGGGUCACAGCACCGACUCCUUUUGGACGUGGUGCAUGUUUACCUGGUGCUUCUGCUUCUGCGUUACCCUCCUCAUACUCUUCAUGGAAUUCACCAGUCUCAACGCCAAGCUGCCUAUCUCCUGGGAUGACUUCACCACAGCUUUUGCCAUGUUGGCUACUCUAAUGGUACUGGCAGCGUCCAUCAUCUAUCCGAUCUUCUUCACUUGCCCUAGCUGCGGUAGACAAAUUGGUGCCACUGUUACUUCCUGUCUGGCCUUCAUCCUGUACGCCAUUGAGGUUGGUCUGACCCGGGCCAAAACCGGUGAGAUCAGUGGUUUUCUAUCCACAGUGCCAGGCCUCCUCAAGGUACUGGAGGCCUUCGUGGCUUGCAUCAUCUUCAUUUGCUUGGACUACACUGCGUUCUCAAGGUUUCCAGGACUCCAAUGGUGUGUCGCCGUCUACUCUAUCUGCUUCAUUUUUGCAACCCUUGUCAUUAUUUUUACUAUCUGCCGCCUUCUGUCUCUCUUCCCGGCACCGUUUGACAAAGUUCUGAUAUUCUGCAACGUGUUGGCAGUGUUAAUGUACAUCACAGCUGUGGUUAUCUGGCCGUUGUACAGCUUCAAGAACAACCCCAGACCCAGCUACUGCUCAAAAGUGGUUACUUGUCCGUGGAAUAAUUUAGUGGUCAUCUCUUUCAUGACCUGUGUUAACCUCGUUGCUUACAUUGUAGAUACAGUUUACUCUUUUAGACUGGUCUUCUUCGUCAGCAGAACAUAGGUUACAAAUGUUCCUCCAUUUUUGGCAGUCUUAUAUCUCGAAGAUUGAACAUGACUAUUUUUAUAACAAAUUUUAUUUCAAUUUCGUUUUUGUACCAACCAUGAUAGAAAACUUCUUUUUGUCAUGAUGAUGACAUGAAAAAACUAUCGCUGUGUCCAGUUUUUAUCUCAGUUUCAGCAUUUGAAAUUUGUUAUAUUUCAUUCAUAAGUUUGAGGUUAUGGUGUUUCAGCACCUCAGUAACAUAUUAAAUUAAUAUGUUUAAUGGUUAAGAAUUCUGGUUAAUGGUUAAUUAGGUACAGUGGGACCCACCCUGUGCAUCUCAAAGGAUGUUGUAAAGGUGUGUCACAGUGUGCAUACCCUGACACACUCACAGCAGCUAUUGGUUUCAGUCUCCACUCCCAUUUUUCUAUAAUGGGCAACGAGAGAGAGAAAAAGGAAAAGACAGAGAGGGAGGGAAACAUACCUGCCAUCUAUAUUUUCUGUCAAUAGCAACUGCAAAACCACAGUAAGAACAUAUGUGCAUGACAUAGAGCUGAAAAGAUUAGUGUGUUAAUCAAGCAUAUAAGAGAAUACAUAUAAUUAUCAGAAACUAUUUUGAUAAUUGAUUAAUCAUUUUAUUGUUUUUUUCAGGCAAAAUGUGAGAAGAUUUGCUAUUUAUCUUUGUCAUUUAUCACUACACACUGUAUAUCCUUGGAUUUAUUACUUUUGGUGGAACAAAACAGGACAUUCCGAUGAUCUCAUCUUGGGCUCUGGGAAGUUGUGACUUGCAGUUAUUUAAAAAAAAUUAUUUUUUUUACAUUUCAUACACAAGAUAAUUAACUGAAUAAAUGGAAAAGAAAGAGUAGAGGUGGUUUACACAUUUAUAUGUUUAUAUGUUGUGUCUUUUUCAAACAAUAUAACAAAAGUGAGCAAUCUGUCAGGAUUUAAAUCUGCUUUCCUUAUCCUAAUGAUAUCAUGAUGUCAGUGAUAACCAUGUGCAUUCUUGGGAGUUACAUAACCUUUGACUGGUCCAGGAAUUCCUGCUCUGCACAAAAGUGAAAAAUGGGAAGAACCAAGAACUAAGGAGUGGAUAUUAAAACAAUUCUUUAAACACAAAUAAAGAGAGAAAAAGAGAGGGGAGAGGAGGAAGAGACUGAAAAGUGAAGAACAAAUUGCUUUUGGUUGUGUGCAGUGUAAACACUAUAUGUAAUGACGUACUGUUUGUUCACAAUGCAAGAGUAAAUA